AUGUCUCACGUCGAAACACAGCUCAAGGAUGUGUCCAUCCUGGGCGCCAUCAGCAACGAUGCUCGCAAAAUCCUGACCAAGGACGCAUGUGCCUUCCUCGCUCUGCUGCACCGCACCUUCAACCCUACCCGCAAAGCGCUCCUCCAACGCCGUAUCGACCGCCAGGCCGAGAUCGAUAAGGGCAACCUCCUCGACUUCCUCCCCGAGACCAAGCACAUCCGGUGCUCCCCCGCCCCCGGUCUGGUGGACCGUCGUGUUGAGAUCACUGGUCCUACCGACCGCAAGAUGGUGGUGAACGCCUUGAACUCUGACGUCUGGACUUACAUGGCCGACUUCGAAGAUUCGAGCGCCCCUACCUGGGACAACAUGGUCAACGGCCAGGUCAACCUGUACGAUGCCAUUCGCCGCCAGGUCGACUUCAAGCAGGGUGGCAAGGAGUACAAGCUCCGUACUGACCGCACCCUGCCCACUCUCAUCGCCCGUGCCCGUGGCUGGCACUUGGAUGAGAAGCACUUCACCGUGGACGGCGAGCCCAUCUCUGGUGGUCUCUUCGACUUCGGUCUGUACUUCUUCCACAACGCCAAGGAGCUUGUCGCUCGCGGCGCCGGUCCUUACUUCUACCUGCCCAAGAUGGAGUCUCACCUCGAGGCCCGUCUCUGGAACGACGUCUUCAACCUUUCCCAGGAUUACAUUGGUCUCCCUCGUGGUACCAUCCGUGGUACCGUUCUGAUUGAGACCAUCACCGCUGCCUUCGAGAUGGACGAGAUCAUCUACGAGCUCCGCGAUCACAGCUCCGGUCUCAACUGCGGCCGCUGGGACUACAUCUUCUCCUUCAUUAAGAAGUUCCGCCACCACCCCAACUUUGUCCUCCCCGAUCGCUCAGAUGUCACCAUGACCGUGCCCUUCAUGGACGCCUACGUCAAGCUCCUCAUCAAGACUUGCCACCGCCGCGGCGUCCACGCCAUGGGUGGUAUGGCAGCUCAGAUCCCCAUCAAGAACGACCCCGCCGCCAACGACAAGGCAAUGGAGAGCGUCCGCGCCGAUAAGCUGCGCGAGGUGCGCGCCGGUCACGACGGUACCUGGGUUGCCCACCCCGCUCUCGCCGCCAUCGCCUCCGACGUCUUCAACAAGUACAUGCCCACCCCCAACCAGCUCUUCAUCCGCCGCGAGGAAGUGAACAUCACCGCCAACGACCUCCUCAACACCAACGUCCCCGGCAAGAUCACCGAGGACGGCAUCCGCAAGAACCUGAACAUCGGCCUCAGCUACAUGGAAGGCUGGCUCCGCGGCGUCGGCUGCGUGCCCAUCAACUUCCUCAUGGAGGAUGCUGCCACCGCCGAGGUCUCCCGCAGUCAAUUGUGGCAGUGGACCAAGCACAACGUCAGCACCUCUGACGGCAAGCGCAUGGACAAGGCUUUUGCUCUGCGUCUGCUCCAGGAGCAGGCUGAUAGCUUGGCUGCUAAGGGUGGCAAGGGUAACAAGUUCCAGCUUGCUGCUCGCUACUUCGCUGGCCAGGUCACUGGUGAGGAUUACGCUGAUUUCUUGACCAGCUUGCUGUACAAUGAGAUCUCCUCUGCUGGCAGCGCUGCUAAGCUCUGA